AAAUACACAUGUAUUAAUAAUUAUAUGAUUCUAUAGUGUGUUAAUAUUUUAUUAGGGGAUUGGAAUCGAGGUGGUUAAGUUGAUCUAUGGCGACUACUUCCGUUUUUGUUUAAUUUUUUUUAUAAGUUUAUUUGAAGAAGGAAUCUCAAUUUCAGUUGAAGUUAUCGGAUUUAUGUAUUUGUGAUUUUUAUUGGAUUGUAAUUGUAAUUGUUUUUUAUUUCUUCCAAUUCGCAGCGGUGUAGGGUUUCGGUUGAAGAUUUUGUUGACAAAUCUAGGUUAUUUUUUAUUUAAUCUGAAUUGGCGAAGAUGAUGUCCUUCGAGAUGAACGAUCGUAAAAAAAUUGGACUCGGUUUGACGGGGUUUGGAGUAUUCUUUUCGUUUCUUGGGAUCAUUUUCUUCUUUGAUAAGGGACUGCUUGCGAUGGGAAAUAUCCUUUUCUUCUCAGGCGUGACAUUAACCAUUGGCCUCAAGUCUUCCGCUCAGUUCUUUAUGAAGCGUUCUAAUUUCAAGGGAACGGUUUCCUUUGGUGUUGGCUUCUUCCUGGUUAUCAUUGGAUGGCCUAUCUUAGGCAUGAUAGUUGAGGCUUAUGGAUUUGUUGUGCUCUUCAGUGGUUUCUGGCCGACACUGGCUGUAUUUCUGCAGAAGAUGCCUAUUAUUGGAUGGUUAUUCCAACAACCUUUUGUGAGAUCGGUAAUGUUUCUUUGGCAUCUUUUCUUACUUAGGAGUUACUUUUAUUUGCCAUCUUUUAUGGAGUUCAUAUGCUUCUGUUAUAAUUUGAUAAUUAAACUCCAGGUUCAUGAAAGAUGUUAAAAUUCAGAAACAAGAAAAAACAAUUUAAGUGGUUGUGAUUAUGUCUUCCUUCAGUUGCCAACAGUUAGACCUGGCUAACCCGUAGAAUACUGCAGAAUGAUGGUUUAAGGAUUUAAGUAUGUUCGUUGCAAGAUAUUCAAAGCUUUUGAGGGAUCUUUCAUCUUUGCAUGUGUUUUGCUUUAAUUCCAGUACUCCACUGAUUCUACUACUUGAGUUGAUUCAUUAGUUUAGUGGAGUUUGUUUCAUGUACCGUGUUACAUUUUUAGUACUUAAAGUUGUCUUAAGAUUGUCGGUAACAUAUCAUUACAUUGAAGAGCUUUGUCAUACGUCCAAAAUCAAGUUACCACAUUGGUAUCCAUUGUUCCAGUGGUACUGUUUUGCUUUCAGUACUUUAUGUGUCAAAAGGAGACGGGUGUUGCAUGAACAAUGCUUUCAGGGUCAUCCGAGCUUGUGAAUUCAAUGGAAAUUCACACUAUUGAAUGAAUGAACUGACCGAUAUAGGAACAGCUUUGGACUAGUUUUAACGUAAAUUAUGGAAGUUGUGCAGGUGCACGUAGAUGCAAUAUUAGCCUUUUGAUUUCCUUGUCCAUGCAUGAAUGAAUACCUACUAAGCUCCCCCGUGAGAAUCAGAUAUCUUUUGGCAUGCAAAUAUCUUUUGGCACACAUUCAUUUUACAGCAUAUAACGUCUCAUGAGCGAACUUUCAACCUAUGCAGUUUUUUGAUCGUUACCGUGGAAAGCGAGUACCUGUUUGAAUCUUCUUUGCAAGAAUGGUCACUUACCUCCGGGCUGCCUUGUAAGUUUUGUAAAAAUUCUUUCUUACCAAGCAUGUCAAGAUAAAACGACAAUACCGUGUGGUAGAUGAUAUGGGCUUGAUUUUAUGCAUGCUUCUUUUUACCUCACUGGGAAAUGAAAGUUCAUACUUUUGAGGUA